AUGGCAUCGGAAAGAUACCUAGUGACAGGAGGCUGCGGCUUGAUCGGCAGCCACAUCGUCGAGAAGCUCCGACAAAAGUACCCCGAUGCCAGGGUAGCAGUUUUCUCGCGCAAUCCGACCACAAACCUCUUCCCAGGCGUAUCCUACCACGCCGGCGAUAUAACCUCGACAGAUGACGUGAAAAAGGCCAUCCAGGAAACAAAGCCGACGGUGGUGUUCCACUGCGCGGGGAUGAUGACCGUCGGGCGGAAAAACAUGACGGACGAGCUCGUGAGGGCCAUCAACCUCGACGGGACACGGUACAUGCUAGAUGCCAGCAAGGCGGCCGGCGUCAAGGCUUUCGUGACGACGAGCAGUGCUAGCGUGGUGCAGAAGGAGAUGUACAGGGAUAUUGAAGGAGGAGAUGAGACGAUGCCGCUCGCUGAGGAGGGCGAUGAUACGCUGAUAUAUCCCAAGUCCAAGGCCGCCUCAGAUAAACUGACGCUGGAGUACAACGACCUCCAAGGAAUGCGCACCUGCACCCUCCGCCCCGCCGCUGUCUACGGCGAACGGGACGCUGAUCUCACGCCCAAAAUGAUCGGUACCAUGCGUCUCGGCCGCACCAAGGUGCAAAUAGGCGACAACUCGAACCGCUUCAGCACGACGUACGCGGGCAACGCGGCGGACGCGCACCUCGCUGCCGCUUCCAAGCUACUCGACGCACCCGAUGGCGUGGCAGGGGAGGCCUUCUUCAUCACCAACGGCCCGCCGAUGAGAUUCUGGGAUUUCAGCAGGGCCAUGUUCAGGGCUGCCGGAGACCAGACGAAGCCCGAGGAGAUCAAGGUCGUGAGUCUCACUGUCGCGUUGGCAUACGCCUGGGUCAUGGAGUGGAUCUUUUGGUUCAGGGGGGAGUUGCCGCCUAUGAACAGGCAGAUUGUACGGUUCUCGUGCAUGAGCCGGUGGUAUGUCAUUGAUAAGGCACAGGAGAGGCUCGGAUGGAGGCCGGAGGUUGGGACUGAGGAGGGCAUUCGACGCGCUGUGGAGUGGUUUUAUGAGAAUGAGAAGAAACAGGCGGCGAAGAAGACUGCGUGA